AUGGGGUUUGAGACAGACGAAGCAAGUUCAUCAACCCAUGUACCUGGAGAGGAUGUGCCAUUUUUGGGCCAAAAUCAACAACUUUCUUCUCCUUUAAAGACUUUUGCUAAUAUUUUCAUGUCUUUAGUUGGUGCAGGGGUUCUUGGACUUCCGUACACAUUCAAGAGAACAGGAUGGGUAAUGGGGUCUCUCUUGAUCAUCUCAAUAGCCACUCUUUCUUAUUACUGUAUGAUGCUUCUUGUUUAUUGUAGGCGUAAGCUUGAAUCCCAAUUUGAAGGUGCAAAAAUCUCAUCUUUUGGUGAUUUGGGAUUUGCUGUGUGUGGACCUAUUGGUCGUUUUGUUGUUGAUGUUAUGAUUGUUCUCUCCCAAGCAUGUUUUUCAGUUGGAUACAUGAUUUUCAUUGGUAAUACUUUAGUAUAUCUGUUUAAUUCUUCUGUCAUAGAAACAAAUCCCAGAAUCUUGGGAUUUUCGCCUAAAUCGGUGUAUAUUUGGAGCUGUUUCCCCUUCCAGUUGGGGUUGAAUUCAAUUCCAACACUAACCCUUUUAGCCCCUUUGAGUAUUUUUGCUGAAAUUGUUGAUUUAGGAGCUUUGGGUGUAGUGAUGGUUGAAGAUGUGCUAAUUUACCUCAAGAAUAGGCCUAGUUUAGAAAUGUUUGGUGGAUUCAGUGUGUUUUUCUAUGGUCUUGGUGUGGCUGUUUUUGCUUUUGAAGGGAUGGGUAUGGUGUUGCCUCUGGAAUCUGAGACAAGAGACAAAAACAAAUUUGGGAAAAUAUUGGGUUUGUCAGUUGCCUUUGUAGCAUUUUUAUAUGGUGCUUUUGGAGCAUUGGGUUACUUUGCCUUUGGGGAAGAGACCAAGGAUAUAAUCACUACUAAUUUUCGACAGGGAUCGCUUAGCUGCCUGGUGCAGCUUGGCCUUUGCAUAAACCUCUUCUUGGCUUUCCCACUGAUGAUGAAUCCAGUUUAUGAAGUGAUGGAAAGGAGAUUCUAUGAAGGCAGAUACUGCUUGUGGUUGAGAUGGCUUGUGGUUUUGACAGUCUGUUGUGUGGCAUUGACAGUACCUAAGUUUGCUGAUUUCAUGUCAUUGGUUGGUAGCAGUGUGAGUGUUGUUUUGGGGUUUGUGUUGCCUGCUUUUUUUCACUUGAUUGUCUUUAAGGAUGAGCUGGGCUGGUAUAGUUUGGCUUUGGAUGCUGCAUUUAUUUUCAUGGGCACAGCUUUUGCAGUGUAUGGAACCUAUUCAUCCUUGGCAAAGAUCUUUUCAGAAAUGGCUUAG